CUCACACAUGGUACAUGCGAGAUAUAUGGUUAAAAUGCGAUAGGACAACGUGUACUCUGUCGUUCCGUUAUUCACCUGAGGAAGCGUCAUCUACCGUGACCCACAGCCGUUGUGUUCCAGGUUGAUUACGAAUAUUUUUGUGAUUUCAUCUUCCAGCAGUCUGCAGAUUUUUUAGCCGGACUAACCGGGUCUAAGCAAGUGAGAUUCACUUCAACACCCCGUGACGUCAUGCAGUCGUCCCGAGACCUCCACCAUCACAACACUAAUCGCCGCCUGUAUCCGGACCUCAGCCCCUUCUACAACAACGGCGAGCGGGUCGAAUAUGGCGCCGGCUCCGCCGAUGAAUAUUACCCAGAAACCCUUCUUCGUCCAGACUACCCUCUGUAUCCCGACAUCCCUCCUCUGAAUAUAACACACGACAUCCGGGAAACGGAAAUGACGUCUAGUCGGAAUUAUACUUCCGGUUAUAGCGACGAUAUUGCCAACAUGGACGAUAUAUGUGAGCCAGACUACGAUAACGACGACUUUAUGGACGAUAACAUAAACAUGCGCGUGCCGGAAAGGAAGGUACUAAACGACAAACUGAUUGGAUUAACGACCGAACCUCGGAUUCCUUUCUCUCAGAGGUAUGAGUUGGAUUUCCAAGAGUGGAUGACGUGGCGGAAGCAGGUGAAUACACACCUUGCCGCCAUGAUCUUAAUAAGGCAAGGCAAGAACGUGUACAUCACUCCCGCAGACCAGAGAAGGAAAUGUUUAUCAACAUCUAUCAUGGAAACGGUGUUCGACCAAGCGCGGGAGAAUCCCAGAACUUGUAAAACAUCUCUGCCCGGAAAGCCGUACAUUAUGUAUGGCAUCCCACGAGUGAAGCUGCGGUAUGUUAAUGCGCGUUAAAAAAUAGAUCAUAACAUCAAUAUCUUCAAUGAAAAUCAAACAGACAUACUACAAAAAAAAUGUAUUUUCACUUUGUGAACUGUUAGAGGAUUUUUAGCGCCAAAUUUAUAGGCUGCGUCACUGUCUCAAUUUUUUUAUCUAAAGUUAUUUCAUAAUUUAAAGAUAUUAUUUGGGUGCUUUAAAUUACGUUAAAUUAAGUUACGCAUUUAUGCACAUCAGUCGUGGAUAAUUUUAACAUAUUACAUAUAGAUUUUAAUGAUAAUACAUUAAUUUAGAUUUGUUUCGGUUUAUUUUGUAUAUAAUUUUUUUGGUAAUUAUUAGUUUCAGAGAUUGAGAGAGAGAGAGAGAGAGAGAGAGAGAGAGAGAGAGAGAGAGAGAGAGAGAGAGAGAGGGGAGCAAAAUAUUCGAUAUUUCGCAUGUAAGAGAAAUUACAAAUUUGGUGCUAAAAUCGAGAAUCGAUUAUCUUGCUUAAUAUAUCAUUUCGAUGUUAGAUUCAAGUUGUGCUAAAUGUGUUAUUUCUUUUUAAAAUUCUGUUACACGGUGAUAUUUAUAGUAGUGUGUAUUACGUCAUGGUUUAUACUGAAAGAUUUGAUCAAUCAUGCGCGCGAAGUAAUGGUUGGCCCGAAGGCAUAGACCCGUUUCAUCACUGCUGGAACAUUUUAAAAUUAAAAUUUACUGUAGUUUAUAAGCAUGACUUCGGAUUUGAAAAUACUGUAAAAACAAUCAUAUUAUUAACGCAUUUGCUUUUGUUUUUAAAUUUCACGUUCUGUGCGAAAAUGUGUACUCAGUCGAAGUGUUUUAAACUAACAGGACAUUUAAAUAAUUUAUUAACAUCCUUUCAAAACACGCAUAAAGCUAAUUAUGCAGUGUCUUUGGCACACAUUAUUUUCUUGAUUAACAACGAAAUGAGUAAAUAUUCAGCACCAUUAUAGGCCACGAUAGGCCAUCACCAAUAUUCUGACGUAAUUUAUAUAGCAACUGCAUAGAAUGUUUCAUCUUCGCAAGGACAUCUGGCUUGUGAAAGUGAUUUUCUUUGCAUUUUGUCCGUGUUUUUAUAAUCAAUCAAUGCUUUUUAAAAUGUAUGCUUUUGCUACCUGUCUUUGUAAUCUCCAUGUCCUAAAUGUCUAUGAGUGUUUGUUCUGGUCAUUUGUGAAUAGUAAGCUAUUAUAUAUAUUAUAUAUCCUAUACCUAUAUAUAUGUACAUACUGAACUGCCAUGGUUAUACCGGUAUGUCUCGUGCCUCAUUCAUCGGGUUGUGUCUCUAUACAUAUUUACUUUAACGUCUUUAUAAUUGCUUUUAUAUGUAAAUAAAUAAUUUUAUAUACAAGUCUUGUUUUAAACAAACUAUACUUUGUAAUGUUUAUUAUUAUAAAAAAAUUUAAUGUGAGAAUAAAUGUGUCAGUUAUGGCAGUUUCCGGUAAGUGAUUGGCAUAAUCUAAAUAAAUAUAUUAGCCAAUCAGGGGUCAACGAUAUUUGAUAUGAAUCACGUGUCUACUUUUGUACUGCAUGCACUUACCAUGUCUGUAUUUGUGUAUACCACACGACAGGAAUAUCGUAAGCUAUCGUAUGUAUUAUCCUGUUUGUGACGUCUUGCGCUAUUUAAUGGUUAGUCUAUGUACUGCUAGUCUCAACGUUCUGCUGUCACGACUUCUACGACUGUCGGGUUGCUAUUCUGAGUGCUCUUACAACUCGAUUCUUGUCGUAUAAUCCAUUAGGUUUUAAUCUGAGCGCACCCGUCGUAAGUCGGGAGAUGGGGAAAUUACAAAGCAACCAUCAAGUUGACCAACUUUCUGCUGGCAGUUGGUAGUCUGAGCCUAGAAUAACUGCAACAAAAUGGAAUACCUUACUUCGCACCUGUAACGUGUUCGAGAUAUACAGAGAAUAUUUAUUCCGGGUGAUAAUGUUUUCGAUUUUUUUAAAGAAUAAAUAAUAUUUACAUGCUUUUAUAACAUACUAUGUCAUAUAUUUUGUGUAAAUACAUGUUUUGCUACACAUUUAUUAUUUUGUGUAUUUAUGUUUAAAUGCUGGAUAACUUUUUUUUAUCUUGCAAUCACUAUUGAUAUUGCCAAGAUAUCACUAGAUAAAUUUCUAUAUAUUCGGUCACUGAUCAAAAAUAUAAUUUUUUGGAACGGAACUACUACACUUGUUUACCCUAGUUUAAGCAAAGGAGUAUUGACAUUUGACCCUACAAAUAAAACGUAUAUUAUUUGAACAGGAACUAUUUUUGUUUUGGUGUAUAAAUAUACCAUAGGUAUUCUGGGCGAUCUGGUUACAGGUGAUAAAGCAGUCAAUACUUAUAGACUAUGUAAAAUGGUGAAGUUGAGAAUUAAUACAUGCAGUUCAUUUCAUUUAUUUUUCGUGUUAUGUAGGAUUUCAAUUUAAACAAAAUUGCAGGUUACUGUCUUAAAAUAUCGGUUUUAUCCUGCUCAAGUCAAAUGGCCAAUGCCUCGCGGCAUUCGUCAGUCAAACCUUCGCAGGAUAAACCGACAUCUUAAGACAUUAACCAGUUUUUCUGUAUUAAUAAUAGGCCUACAUUUGAAAAACACAAAACAAUUAAAAUAAAAACAAACAUCUAGGUUUAAAACUUUUUAGACGUUUGUUUUCGUUAAACUGCGAGUAUUUGUAUAUGCAUUUUUAUGUAGAUCGCAUUAUUUGCGUUUGUAAUGUGGCCCGAUCAAUCAGGUGUUUGUUUACUUAAUGUAUGCGAUUUGUUUAUUUAAUGCGAAUAAAUGUCAUUGCUAAUAAUUCA